CUACACAAUCCCUGCAGGGGUUAAUACACAUUGCAAAAUACCGGCAGUUGCUGUCAACUGUUUACAAAAGGGAAAUUUUCUUCAAAACAUAAACAAGCUGGCAGCUUUGCAUUAAAACCGCUUAUGGGAAAAAUAAAAAACUCAUGUGAAAUUAAACAAAAAUAACAAAACAGUUUUUUUUUUAUUAGCCCACGAAAUAAUUGUGUAAAUAUUAAUAAAUAAUUAAUAAAAUGCGUUAUGCCCAGGUGGUAAUAGGACCAGCCGGCAGUGGUAAAUCCACCUACUGCUCGUUCAUGCAACGGCAUGCUCAAGACUCCAAACGUGUUAUUGAGGUGGUUAACUUAGAUCCAGCGGCCGAACACUUUGACUAUCAACCCUUAGUGGAUAUACGUGACCUUAUACAGCUAGAUGAUGCCAUGGACGAUGAGGAAUUACAUUAUGGGCCCAAUGGUGGCUUGGUGUUUUGUCUAGAAUUUCUCAUAGAGAAUCAGGAAUGGCUAAAAACUCAACUUUGCGGUGGGGGUGAUGAAGAAGAGGAUGGCAUAAAUGUGGAACCUGAUGAUGAUUAUAUUUUAUUCGAUAUGCCCGGACAAAUUGAGUUGUUUACACAUUUAGAUAUGGGCAAAAAAUUGGUAGAGCUUUUGGAGUCUUGGAAUUUUCGUAUAUGCACGGUAUUCUUGGUGGAUUCACAGUUUAUGAUUGAUGGUGCCAAGUUUUUGUCCGGCACCAUGGCCGCCUUGAGUGUUAUGGCCAAUUUGGAAAUGCCUCAUGUAAAUGUUUUGACAAAAAUGGAUUUGUUAAGUAAGACGGCGCGUAAACAAUUGGAUAAAUAUUUGGAUCCUGAUCCCAGGGCAUUGCUGGGCGAUAUAACCCAGGAGUCGGCAUGGGGUAGAACACAUCGGAAGCUGUCAGAAGCCAUUGGAGCGUUAAUAGAAGAUUUUAGCUUAGUCCGUUUCGUGCCCAUGAAUGUAGACGAUGAGGAAAGUAUACAAGAUCUAUUAAUGCAAAUCGACAAUGUUAUACAGUAUGGCGAAGAUGCCGAUGUUAAAGUACAUGAUUUUGAUCCGCCAGAGGAAGAGGAAAACGACAAUAAUGAAAAUAUGUUUACUUAAAAUAAUGUAAAAUAAAGAAAAUUUUUUAAAAAUAUAGACAUAAAA